GAUGUUGUUUCUGCGUGCUUCCCAAAUAUUGACGUCCUGGGGAGAGACAAAAUCCGUCUUGACAAUGUCUUGACAUGUUAGAUAAUUGAUUUGGCGGAAAAUCUAUCACUGUAAAUGGAGCUGCAGACACUUGGUGAUAAAAGACCUGAGGAAAUUGGCAUUUUCGCAUGUGGUUCAUAGUGUCAGGAGGAUGAAUAAGAAGUGUAAGAAUGAGAUGAAAAACAAAGCUCUCCAAAUUGUCUUGUUUAAACUGUUGAAGGUUCUGCAGAAGGAUGAAGCAAGAGCAAAAAGAUCUAUACUUACGUUACGUUAUGUGAGCUACACUGAAGACAGGAUAAUGGUUGCUGCUCUAUUGUUUCUCCUUGAAUAUGAGAAAAUUGAAGAUGAUGAUGCUAGUGACGCUUCUAGUAGUGAAGAUGAAAUGACACAAUCACCUCAAGCACACCAUGAGGGUACAACAGCUAGCAAGAGGAAAAAGAAAGCUAACCUACAGCGUGGUAUUCAUAGCAUGAAAAGGCAGCAACACAUGUCAUCAGAAAGCAGCACUUCUAUUUAUUAUUCACCUCCUAGGCAUCUAAAAGAUGCAGUAUUUGCAGAGAAGCUAUUCUCCAAUCUUAGAACUUGCUGUGAAUGGUUUGAGGUGAAUGCUUUCUUGGUUAGAAUGAUGAUGUUGAAAGUGAUUGCUAGAACAAUAGGGCUCCAUCGCCUGAUUUUAUUAGAUUUUUAUCAUUUCCUUCAGAAAUAUGUUCAGACCCAUCAAAAAGAAAUAACAAGUUUACUUGCAGCAGCAGUUCAGGCCUGCCAUGGUUUGUCCUUUAUUGCUGGUUAUGAAGACCAAGGACGUCCAAUAGACCCAAAGGCAAGGCCAAAAGCUUAUGGAGAAGCCAAUGUCUUUACCAAUGUUCCUGGUGCUGAGCUAUUAUUACAACAUCAUAAUAAAAAAGAUGACACUGAAGAUGGGGACAAUGAUGGUGAUGAGAUUGUAGCUGUUAGUUCUGAUGAUGAUCAUGAUGAGAGUGAGAAUUUUGCUUCCAGUGAUGAUAAACAAGAAAACCAGCUACAUGGUAAUGAUAAUAGAAGUGAGGAUGAUGAUGAUGAGGGUGAUGUAGUAGGUGAAGAUGAUGAUGAAGAGGAGUUGGAAGUCAAAGAGGAUGAGGAACAUGAAACAAAUAACAAUGCCAUUGAAGACAGUGGACAGGAAUUGACAAAGUCUACAGCAAGAAAGAGAAAAAUCUCUGAUUUUGAUGUACAACUUAUUGCUGCUGAUCCAAGUCUUAGAGCUCUAAAGAUGUUGGCAGAAGCUAAAUUGGGUCAGCCUUCAUCAGACGCGACAGAUGCUAUUCUUUCUAAUGAGGAUUCUAGAGGAUCAAAGAACUAAAGAUAUGUGAAUUAGAUCUAAUUAAGUUGGCAAUCAAAUAUGGUGUGACCUUUACAGUUGUAGAACGCUAGACAUAAGUUUUUCUGAUAUACUUCAGCUAAAUGAGUUUGGACAUUAUAAAGUAUGAAUUUGUUA